AUGCCGACCUAUCUGUGCCACGGCUUCCGCUGGAAACGCCGCAGCAUACGCGUGUACGUCGUCGUCCAGAACCUCGAUGACGCCGCGCCGGAAUGGGUUGUGAAGCGGGGCUCCCCGCGGAGCCUCAUCGAGUCAUUCUACAACCUCUUCGACUUCCUCCCCGAGUGCACCUUCCCCCCAACACGCCGCAGCAGCUUCGCCCCGCGCUCGUACUCGCAGUCUCACUCCCUGGACCGCAGCAGCGUCGCCGACGACGGCGACGACGCCGCCAGCCACCACACCGCCCGCUCGGCCAGGGGCAGGAGCCGGAGCCGGAGCCGCGCCGUCGUGGCUCAGCAGUCCCAGCCUCAGCUCCAGUCCCAGCCCCAGUACCACCAGGACAGGGACCAGGAGACACCCGCGCCGCCCGCCUCGUGCAGGGAGAGCAGCAACAGCAGCAGGAAGCGGAGCAAGUCCGAGAUAAGCCGGAAGCCCCCGCCGCCCACCACCCACGCCCCGGCCGGCUACCAGGCACACCAGGCCCCGCCGUCGCCGCCCUCGUCCCAGCAGCAGUUCGCCAGCUCGUCCCACGCGAGCGACGGCGCCAUCGCCGACCCGGUCCUGGCCCAGGACUGGUCGCCCGUCAAGGUCCUCGAGGAGCACGACCCGAGCAACCUCGACGAGGUGUCGCGGCCCUACGCCUACGUCGCCGACUACGUCCAGCGCAUCGACUCGUCCUGCAGCAUCGUCGAGGAGAUCGCCAGGUACGAGCACAUGGUGCGCGCGAGCAGGGAGCCCGCCGUCACCGGCCCCAGCUCGGACGAGACCCUCAACGGGAAGCGCGACACGGCCAGGCUGGGCGGCCUCGCCGGCUGGUUCGAGCAGCUGAGGGACCAGCUGCAGAGGGGCGAGGAGAUCAGGUGGUACGUGGUCGUCAACGGCGACGAGGAGAGGGAGUGGCCGGCCGAGGGGAGCCUGUCGAGGCCCGAGACGAGGGCGCAGAUGGCCCACCAGACCCAGUACGCCCACCAGCAGCUGAUAUUCGAGGGCCGGGACCGGGACCUCGAGGUGCGCAGAGAGCAGCUAAGGAGGGAUCUUGGCUACGAGCAAGGCGGGAUCGACAGGUUGGCGGACAGGAGGAUGGAGAGGAGACCGCCGGUCGUCCCUGACAAGGAUCUACCGCCUCUACGGAUUGAUUUACCAAUGCAUCCUGCAGGCCCCUCGCGCCCGAAGACGCCAAAGACGCCAGGGAAGGGGUCGUUCCGGAGACUCUUUGGGAGGUCAAAGACUGAGGAUCAGACGCCAUGA